CUGCGGUGUCCGGUCCGGAUCGUUUAGCUGCACAGACCCGGAGGACAGUGCGGCUGCAGCGGACAGCCUGACCCGAACUAGAGAAUGUCUGAAGAAGUUCCACUUGAGGGGGACCAGUCGCUGUCCACCCAGUCCCCAUCCCAGGCCCAGUCCACCCAGUCGCCAUCCCAGGCCCAGUCCACCCAGUCGCCAUCCCAGUCUAAGUGCCAGUCCCAGCCUGGUUCCAGUUCUUCCAGCGGGCCGACCUCUGGCAGCCAGUCGUCCAGCGGCUCUGGGACUCUGAGCAGCAUGGACACCAUCCCCGUCACCCUGCCGUCCGUCCCUGAGGAGCCUGAACCACAACCCUGGGGCCGCCUGCUGCCCAUGGCCCGAGGCUUUAGGAGCCAUGACUGUAUAGAGGACCAGUACCUGUUUGGACGGGACUCUAAAUGUCAGUACGUCCUGGACGAUCCUGAUGAUCGAGGAUCCAAAAAGUUCAGAAUCUACAGCAAGAAACACUUUAGGAUCUACAGAGAGGACAGUGAGGUCUUUGUGGAGGACUACAGUAAUAACGGGACGUUUGUUGACGGGAUACUGAUCGGUAAAGACAGGAAGCUUCCUCUGGUCAACAACGCCGUCCUCUCUCUGGCUGAGCAGCGUAACAAAGUCUUUGUCUUCAUUGACCUGAUGUCUGAUGAUCAGUCCAGUCUACCUAAAGAGCUUCAGGAGAAAUAUCUGCUGACUCGACGCAUCGGCACAGGAGUCUGUGGUGAAGUCAAACUUGCCUUUGAGAGAUCGACCUGUAAGAAAUUUGCAGUGAAAAUAAUAAACAAGAACAACUUCAAGUCUGAAGGGACGGCGACACGAAACGCAAAGACAGAGGUCGAGAUUCUCCAGAGGAUUGACCACCCUUGUCUCAUAAAGACAGAGGACUUCUAUCACACUGAGGACAGUUACUACAUCGUGUUGGAGCUGAUGGAGGGAGGUGAACUGUUCCACAAAGUCAAGUCUCAGCAGCAGCUCCGCGAGUCUGUUGCCAAACUUUACUUCUACCAGAUGCUCAGAGCGGUCCAGUACCUCCACAGUAACGGGAUCAUCCACAGGGACCUGAAACCAGAGAAUGUCCUGCUGUCCUCACAGGACGACGUCUGUCUCAUCAAGGUGACAGACUUUAACCAGUCCAGGAUCCUGGAGGAGGCCGUGUUGAUGAGGACUCUCUGUGGGACCCCGUCCUACCUGGCUCCUGAGGUCUUCACCCACGCCUCCACCACAGGGUAUGGCCUCGCUGUGGACGCCUGGAGCCUCGGAGUCCUGCUCUUCGUCUGUCUGGGUGGUUAUCCUCCGUUUCAUGAGAGUUUUGGUCGUCAGUCCAUCACAGAUCAGAUCAUAAGAGGGGAAUUUACUAUGGUUCAGUCCAAAUGGAAACACGUCUCUGAUCAAGCGAAGGAUGUGGUGAGGAAGCUGUUGGUGGUUGAUCCCAGUAAGAGGAUGACUAUAGAAGAAGCUCUGCGGCACCCCUGGUUACAGGAUCGAAUGAUGAUGGAGACAGCUCACAAGCUGAUGUACCCCCCUGGACACCCCAGUGCCGCUAUGGAGGCGGAGUCAGCCUCAGGUUCCUCCAGCAGGAAACGAGGACGAGAUGGAGAAGAGGAGGAGGAGGAGGAACAUCCAGCCAAACGGAGCCAAGCCCCACCCCCUGUUCCACUGUAGUUGACCAAUCAGAUUGAGCUGUUCCUCAGGUCAUGUGAUUCAGCCUGUUCACUACUGAAACA